GUCCUGGCGCUACCUUGGCAACCGAGAGGCCGGGACGCCUUUGGUGGGUACGCCUGUGGUGGGUUCGCCUGUGGCACUUCUGAGUGCCUAGCGCCCCGGCUCCUCGCCGCCAGAUCCCCAGACCCGGCCCCCGGACCCGCGGCGCCAUGUCGGUGCGGACGCUGCCACUGCUCUUCCUGAACUUGGGCGGAGAGAUGCUCUACAUCCUGGACCAGCGCCUGCGGGCGCAGAACAUCCCGGCCGACAAGGCCCGCAAAGUUAUGAAUGACAUCACCUCAACCAUGUUCAAUAAAAAAUUUCUGGGGGAGCUGUUCAAGCCCCAAGAGCUCUAUUCCAAGAAGGCCCUGAGAACAGUCUACGAUCGCUUGGCUCAUGCUUCUAUUAUGAGACUAAACCAGGGUAGCAUGGAUAAGCUCUACGACUUGAUGACGAUGGCUUUUAAAUACCAAGUGUUGCUGUGCCCCCGACCCAAGGAUGUAUUGCUGGUCACUUUCAACCACUUAGAUGCCAUCAAGGAUUUUAUCCGUGACUCCCCACUAAUUGUGAAGCAAGUGGAUGAGACUUUUCAGAAACUAAUUGAAGUAUAUGGUUGUCUUUCUGCUGGUGAGUUCCAGCUCAUCAGACAGACCCUGUUGAUUUUCUUUCAGGACAUGCACAUCCGGGUGUCCAUAUUUCUAAAGGACAAGGUCCAGAAUUCAAAUGGCCGCUUCGUGUUGCCAACAUCUGGGCCUGUGCCAUGGGGAACUGAUGUUCCUGGACUCAUCAGGAUGUUUAAUAACAAAGGAGAAGAAGUGAAGAGAGUGGAAUUUAAGUAUGGUGGAAAUUAUGUCAGUGCAAAGAGUGAAGGUUCUUUUGAUCUUUAUGGAGACCGAGGCCUCACACUAGGGACCAAUAUGUACAGCAUGAGUCAGCCAGUGGAAACGCAUGUAUCAGAAGCACCAAAGAACUUACCUUUAAAUACUUCUAAGGCGAGCCCUGCCCCAAACCCUCUUGCUAAAGAAGAACUGAAUUUCUUGGCCAGAUUGAUGGGAGGAAUGGAAAUUAAGAAAACCAGUGGCCCCGAACCAGGAUUCCGGUUGAAUCUGUUUACCACAGAUGAAGAAGAAGAACAUGCAGCAUUAACCAGGCCAGAAGAAUUAUCAUACCAAGUCAUCAACAUUCAGGCAGCUCAGGACCAGCAAAGGAAUGAAGAGCUAUCUCGGAUCAUGGGGGAGUUUGAGGUCCAUGAUCAGCCCCCACAGAACACCAGCAAAGGUGAUGAUUUGCUGGCCAUGAUGGAUGAAUUGUAACCGUGACCUGGCAAGCCUGAGGUCCCACCUACAGCAGAGACUGCUUAACCAUAGCUACCUGAGACCAGUCUAGGACCUUCAGAGAUGCUGCUAGUUUUCUACCAAGUGGAGCCUUGAUCUAUCAUACUUGUUUAUAGUGUGACAACUUGUACACACACACUCCCCUUGCUCAGAGCUCUCUCCCAAAGACACCCACCCACACCCACACACACAUGCCAUUCAGCUAAAUUCAUUCUGAUUUUCAAACUUGCCCUUUUUUUCCUCUUUCCAAAUGUUGCAGCAGCCAUCUAUCCUAAACAGACUCUGAGUCCACAAGGAGUAGGAUCCUGUGCACCUUCCUCUCUCCUGUGGGAGGUCUGGAUCUUGUCAGUGUUUCUGACUCGUAACGCGGUAUCUAAAGCUUUCUGUUUAUGUGCUACCUUGUAGGUGGUUUGGAAAGUUCUCUUCUCCCUGGUGUCAUAUAGAUCAGGAAUCUCAAGAAGGCAGGAUAAUCAGAGCUGUGUCAUGGAAUAUCCCAGCUGUGUCCCUAAAUGGAGACUAGGGACCAUUUAGAGAGAUACAGAUACAGAUAGAGAUAUAGGUGAAGAAAAUAGCCUUAUUUUCAGCAUAGUCUGCUUCUUACCCCUAGCUCUUUCUCCAUUGUUUCCAAUAUCCUUGCCAUCCCCAGGAUGGCAUACCAGACAACCAGCAGGUCAUGAAAUGUGUCUCAUGGCCUCCACGGUCACCAAGCUGACACUUUGUGCUCAGGCAAUUGAGAUUCCACAGAGAGCUGUCACUUGCCUUUUGAUUACAAGUCAAGCAAUUUCCCUUCAUGAGGAAAAUUCCUGAGUCCAAUUGGGGCUCAUUUAAGGCAUUCAUAGACUUUGCCCGUUUCUUUUCUGGAGACUGAAAUCAAUUCAGCCUCUUGCUGUUGAUCUGGGAGUAGUCUGUGGACUCCCUCCUCUCCUCCCAUAUGCUGGACAGUAGCCUGUGGAGCAUGCUUUGCAAUAGCCAUCCCAUGAAGCAUGCAUUAGGAUGGCCUCUUCUGGUGAGCCAGAUAUGUUCUUGCUCAGUGCUGAAGGAUUUGCACUUUAGAAUGAUGCAGCAUUCCCUUAUUGGUCCUCUUGCAUUUGAGUAACAGGCUGGAUCAGUAUAUAGAUCAGACUUAAAUUCUUUCUAGAAGCAUCCGGCUUGGUGAUGUCAGCCCUCAGGAUGGGUUACUUAACUUCUUCCACUUCACAUCCCCUUUACAUGUCCUGUCCAAGCUAAAAUGGGUCUCUUCUGCAGUGAGAACAAGGGGAGGAACCAUCCUGUUCUUAUCUUUAAAAAGAUAUCAUCAGUCGUGUUGCUAGUUAUAGGCUGCCCUGGCACUGGGGAGUUUUAGUAUGAAUGAGCCCUCUUCACACACCAAACAAGUUUUAAGUUGCUUCCUGCUCCUCCAUCUCACAUAGUUUUCUGCAAACCCUUCCUAUCCCUACCCCACCCCCUGGAAAGUAUGUAGUAGAUGGGGGUAGAAUGCAUUUAACACUCUUGUUCAAGGGUUUAUAAAGUGCCUUCUGUUCAGCCUCUUCCUUUAACAUAACUUGGGUUCCCUUUGAAGCAGGCAGUUUGGCUGGGGACUAAGCAAGGGGAAAAUGUUCCAGCCUGUUUCAAGGCUCGAUUCUACUCCUUUGUUUAAGUCUGGUUAAGUGUACUCUUCAAAUCCAGGCUUUGCCAGCUGCUGGGAGCAUGUCCUCUGGGCCCUUGGAGAUGAGCCACGAACUGCCAAGAAGAGGUGGCCACAUCCCAAUAACAUACUCCUGAGAAAUGCCAGUGAUUUCAAACAUAUCUGUCUUCUUAGUAAAUAAACAAGAUAAAAAUCUCUAGCCCUAAA